AUGGAUGAAGAUGAGGAUGAUGAUGGCCCAAGAAAUUUGCACAAGCCCGAUGGUGACAAGAAGACCAAGGAGAAGAUGAAGAGAGAGCAAGAAGCAUCAAGCUUGAGGGAGAAGAUUGAUGCCAUGGUGCAAUCCAACGAGUCGAUGUUGUUGAAAUCAUUGGAGAUCAAGAAAGAGUUGAUCGAGAAGAAGGCGAAGGAGAAACAAGAAAAGUGGCAACUGCUCAAGGAAGAGGGGCUGCGCAAAGCUGGCAUCGAGAAGAGAAGAGCACGCGCCGCCGAAAACAAAUCUAUUUCCAUGUUGCUCGCCAAAGAGAACAAGAUAAUGUCAAUGAACCGCAAUGACAUGGACGACCUCACCAAAACAUGGCAUGAUAUGACAAGGAGAGAAAUCUUGAAAAGAAGAAUGGUGGCGUCGGCCGGUCCGUGCUACAGUUCCGACCGGCGGUGCCGCCGCGAGAGCAUGGCGCUCUCCGGCUACAUCCCGCCCGCGGUCGCCUCCUGCUCCUCGCUCCUCUCCCUCAACCUCUCCUCCAACCGCCUCGCUGGCCCGAUACCCGACGGUAUCUGGUCGCUGCCCUCGCUCCGCUCUCUGGACCUCUCCGGGAAUUCGCUGUCGGGGAGUGUUCCUGGCGGGUUCCCCCGGAGCAGCUCGCUGCGGGCGCUGGAUUUGAGCCGUAACCUUUUCGCCGGGGAGAUACCGGCCGAUGUCGGAGAGGCGGCGCUUCUUAAAUCGCUGGAUCUCGGGCGUAACUUCUUCACCGGCGGCUUGCCGGAUUCUCUCCGGAGGCUGACCGCGCUGCGGUUCCUUGGCGCCGGCAGCAAUGCGCUCGCUGGCGAGGUGCCGGCGUGGAUCGGGGAGAUGUGGUCGCUGGAGCGGCUUGACCUGUCGGGCAAUCGCUUCGCCGGCGUCAUCCCCGACGACAUCGCGAAAUGUAAGAACCUGCUGGAGGCCGAUCUCAGCCGGAACGCGCUGACCGGCGAGCUCCCAUGGUGGGUGUUCGGCCUGCCACUGCAGCGCGUCUCGGUCGCCGGCAACAAGCUCGACGGGUGGGUCAAGGUCCCCGGAGAUGCCGCGUUGGCGUUGCAUGUGCUGGACCUGUCGAGCAACGCGUUCUCCGGCGGGAUCCCGCCGCAGAUUACUGCCUUCGCGGGGUUGCAGUUUCUGAACCUGUCCUCGAAUUCCAUAUCGGGGCAGCUGCCUGCUGGCAUUGGUGGGAUGAGGCUGCUGGAGGUGCUCGACGUGAGCGCUAACACGCUGACCGGAAGCGUGCCACCGGAGAUUGGCGGCGCCGUGGCGCUCCGGGUGCUGAGGAUGGGGGACAAUUCGCUCACCGGCCGCAUACCGGCACAGAUUGGGAGCUGCAAUUCCCUCGUUGCACUGGAUUUGUCGCACAACGACAUCACGGGACCGAUUCCAAGCACCCUGGGGAACCUCACCAGUCUUCAGGCUGUUGAUCUCUCCCAGAACAGGCUGAAUGGGACCCUGCCGGUGGAGCUUUCUAAUCUGCCCAGCUUGCACAUCUUUGACGUCUCCCACAACUUGCUAUCAGGAAAUCUCCCCAACAGCCGUUUCUUCGACAAUAUCCCCAACUAUUUCCUAUCAGACAAUUCCGGCCUAUGCAGCUCCAGGAAGAACAAUUCCUGCGGUGUGGUCAUGCCGAAGCCGAUUGUACUCAACCCCAAUUCCUCAUCAAACCCCUUGUCGCAAUCCACACCAAGCUCCCCUAGCAGCAAGCACCACAAGAAAAUCAUACUGAGCGUCUCCACCCUCAUUGCCAUUGCGGGCGGUGCUGCCAUUGCCUUCGGAGUGAUCACUGUGACUGUGCUCAACCGUCGUGUCCGUGCAGCCGCCUCCCACCCAAAGCCUGCUAUUGCACUAUCUGAUGAUUACCUUAGCCAAUCCCCGGAGAAUGAUGCUAGCUCUGGGAAGCUUGUCAUGUUUGGUAAAGGCAGCCCAGAGUUCAGCACUGGUGGGCAUGCCUUGUUGAACAAGGACUGUGAGCUUGGGCGAGGAGGCUUUGGUGCCGUCUACAAGACGGUGCUCAGAGACGGACAGCCGGUGGCCAUCAAGAAGCUCACCGUGUCUAGCUUGGUGAAGUCUAAGGAUGACUUUGAGCGACAAGUGAAGAGGUUUGACAUUAUCAUCGGUGUUGCCAGGGGACUGAUGCACCUCCACCAGCAUGGGGUUGUCCAUUACAACCUCAAGUCAAGCAAUGUGCUGCUGGACAGCAAUGGCGAGCCCAGGGUCGGUGACUAUGGUCUUGCAAGCCUGCUCCCGAUGCUGGACCGGUAUGUGCUGAGCAGUAAGAUCCAGAGUGCACUCGGGUACAUGGCGCCAGAAUUCGCAUGCAAGACGGUGAAGAUCACCGAGAAGUGCGACGUCUACGGCUUCGGUGUGCUUGCACUGGAGAUCUUGACGGGCAGGAGGCCCGUUGAGUACUUGGAAGAUGACGUGGUCGUGCUAUGUGAUCUGGUGCGAAGCGCGCUGGAGGAAGGCAGGCUGGAGGACUGCAUGGAUCCGAGACUGUGCGGCGAGUUCCCGAUGGAGGAGGCCAUUCCGAUCAUCAAGCUGGGCCUCGUUUGCACCUCGCAGGUGCCGUCGAACCGGCCGGACAUGGGCGAGGUGUUGAGUAUACUCGAGGUGGUGAGGAGUCCGCAGGACAGUCCAGGGGAUGAGAUGGUCUGA